UGCUUGAAUGAGUUUGAAAUCGAACAAGAGAACGUGAUUUUUUUUUUUUUUGUCCUUUUUUUUAUAUGUAGAAACAAUAUUAAAUUUUAGGUUCUUUGAAUUUAGCCGACUUUUUGAGUAGAAGCAAUCUCUUGAAACGAAAUAAGGGCAGGGAUUUCUCAUGGCUUUAAUCGGGAAUUUUGAGGGAGAUAAAUUUAGUAAAGGCGUGUUUCCUUUUUCGGACACAGCUCGAUUUUGUCAAGUUGGUUUCUCGGGAAAAACUUGCUCCAUUUCACAUCUCAUACUUUAGAAUCUACUUGUGAUUACCUUAUAUUUCUUUGGAGGGACUUGGUACUUGUUAGCAAAGAAAAUUGAACUCACACAUGUCUGUGGCAUUUCCCCAACUCUCGUGGUGGUUAUGGAGUGGGAAGCAUAAAGAACCUCGAAGCUCGAAUGGUGGGUCUGCUUUAAAUGCUUCACUAGAUACAGCCAACCGGGAAACGGACACUCUAAAAUUUCCUUUAGUUAAUGGGGCCAACUUAUCAUCCUCAUCUAGAAGGGUGAAGAGGAAAUGGCAUAGUCGAGAAGAAAGAAAAAUUGAUAGGGAAUACGACAUUGUUCUUGUUCCAUCUGAUGGAGGAUGUGUUUCAGGGUCUGAGUCUGAUGAUUCAGAUUGGUCGAUCGGAUGGUCGGAGCCCCACGGACCUGGAUUCCAGAGUGAUGAUGAAUCAGAUAACAGUUUUGCUGUGCUGGUUCCAUGUUAUGGACGCAUUUACAAUGAUUUUGUGGACGAGACUAAGAAUAGUAUCUUAAGUGCCGUUGGGAACAUUAACGACAGUUUUUCUGCUGAGAGCAAGAAAUAUAUGGAACAGUGGCUGUCCUCUCUUCAGAACUGCUAAUGCUCUGAUUCCAAGAAAGAAAACCAUUUUGUGAUAUAUAGUCAUUUAAAAAAACUGAAAAAAAUUUGAAAAAGGAAAAAAGAAAAAGAUAUAGAAUACUAUCUAUUCUGGCUUCUUUUGACAGUACUUGCUGAGAAGCAAAUUGGAUGCAGACAGUGGGUGGAGAUUCUCAUCUUUUCAAUUCUUUUUGACCAUAUUAUGCUCUUAAAAAGAGAGACUUAAAAAGAAUAUGACCUCAUCCGGGAUGAAGCUUGUAAAAAUGGGAUGUAAAUAAUUUGAGACUCCUUUAUAAAUAUGGAAGACGGAGACAGAGGAGGAAAAAGGUUGAGCCAACCAGCCAUUGGGUUUGAAGAAAAAAAAUCUUAAAGAGGUGGAAGUGGAAGUGGAAGUGUUUUGUAAUUCUUUGGAGUUUUUAUGUAUAAAGUGGGAAGUGUUUAAUUCAUGUGAAAAGUUGGUGUAAAUAGUGAGUCCAUUUAUGUAUGGUUCAAUGAUGUAAAUAUGAUAUGAGUGGGUUUGGUUCAUCUAAAAUGCCUGCUCUGAAGGAUGGACCCAUUUGUAAAAUUUGUUGUACAUAGUAACACAGUUGUGCAGUGCAGGCAUGAAAAUUGUAGAUACCUCUAUCCUCAUUCAAUGUAAUAUUCUUUAAUAUAAUAUAUAUAUAUAUCUAUAUA